AUGUCUGGGGCUGGGGAAGCAGUGCUUGGAGCACGUGGCAACCGUUCUCGCUGUGCGGGAGGCAGCGCUGUGCUGGGCUUCGGGCAGUGCCCAUACACAGCGGAGGAGUGCCAGGCCAUCCCGAGUGCUCUCAGGGAGCGGCUGGGCCCCGAAGACAGCAGCGGCCGCCGGGCUGGAGGAGACCAGCAGAUGUGUUACACUGAGGGUCACAAGGUUAUUGGCCCGGCCAAUGAGAUGUUUGGGUACAAUGUCUGGGCGCACUCCGUCACGCGGCAGAGCGACCUCAACAAUGGCAAGUUCUCGGGUGGCUGCGCGUUUGUGAGGGCGCAGUUGAAGCCUGGCUCCUAUCAUGGAGAUGUCGGCUGCCGUGUUUGUGAGGGCCUCAAGUCCAAGGCCUUGGCUUUGGAGAAGGCGAGCCAGGAAGCUGCGACCAAUGGGCUGAAGCGAGCACUCAGGAGUUUUGGGAAUGCACUUGGAAAUUGCACCCUGGACAAAGACUGCCUGUGGUCCCUGAAUAAGCUUCUAUGCCGGUUGCCUCUUGAAGUAGAUUUGAAUAAAGCAAAGAGACAAGAUUUUGAACCAUCUGUGGCACAGGCAAGAUGUAACAGCUGCCACCUUGGCUCUGGGACUCCUACGACCUCAGGAGGUACCUCCCCCUGCAGACCAAGCCACCCUGAUAAUCCCCACCUUGUGACACAGGGGGAUGAGGACAGCCGCUCCGGAACUCGGGCCUGUCUGCUCCAGGAGGAGCAAGGCCACCCCGCAGCGGAAGCCCUGGCUAAAGAGCUGCAGCGACAUUCCCGGGAGCGAAUGCAGAGACAGCAGCAAGUGCAGACCCCCGCCCAGCCAGUGGGAACGGAACAGGAGGAGGCACGCCCUGCCCCGCCCGCGAUGCACAGCACUCCCAUACCUGCUGUCUCUGACCUGGGCACGGUGAAAGACUCCCUUGCAGAGAACUUCGAAGACACCCUGGACCUGUGGGAUGAGACUCCAGACAUCCUGGACAGUGUUGUCAAGGCCUCCUGGAGAGCAGCACCAGCCCAGACGUCUGCCACGCCAACCUGGAAUGACCUGGAGCUGGAGCUCUGGAACAAGACUCCCUCAUAG